AUUGUUUCAACGUCGUCUGUAUUUAACUCCAACUAUUGCACCCGGCACAUUGUCGAGGGGUCGAUGCGUCGGCGCGUCGUCAUCGACGCCGACUCCAACGUUGCGUCCAGGUCCGUACGACAAGUGUCGUGAAAUACGUGUCAAUAAAUGUGAAAUAUCAUUCAUACUUAUAUCUAAUACAUCUACAUUUCAAAUUCUUAAUCGCAAGUCAUUUCCUCCAUAAGCACAUAAAUUAACGUUGCAAUACACGAAUAUGUCAUUUAAAAGCGAAAACAAACUACUCUAAAAUCUUCGUUACUCCAGGCACUUACGAAGGUCUAUUUACAUAAAACGAAUAAGCUAUUCGAAUAUAUGUCUUGAUAAAAUAUUUGACCGCAAAAUAAAUUCAUUUGGUUAGCGGUGAGUCAACCGGUCAAACAAUUAAGCGCCCCACGAAGGUUCAUCCCUGUUCGCAAAGGCAACGACGCCAUGUCGACGUUCAUCCCUAUAGCUUGGCCUCGUUGCAACCCCCGUUACGUCCCCAGUUGACCGUGAACCGCGACGAGCAAGUAUAUUGAGAAACGGGAUAUUCGUGUUAUUCGUCGCAACGCUAGAUCAUCGUCGAACACCAGGUCACUGUCGCUAAGCGAGUCUGUGCUAUGAAUGAAGACCCAACCUUUUCAUUUCGAGGUCUUGAUAGUGUUACUGUUAUCCGUAAUCCCCUGGCCAGGACCCAGCGUGUUUAAAAUAUCAUGCCCCCGCGAUCGGGCGUCCGUGGUGAGGAGGAUAGUUCAGAAGAGAUGGAUGCCAAUUCUGAAGAGACAUCAAGUAGAGCUGCCUCUGGAGUGCCCGUUCCACGAAAGUCGAGAUAUUUUUCGACCACAGCAAAAGGCGAAACACCAACACAGACCGUCACAAUGGACCUGCGGUCUGUGUGGCAAAUCCUUCUACGCAGAGAAACACUUGGAUGCCCACUUCGAUAACAGACACAAAAGCAAUGUUAACACGGCGGAAGACGCGGUGUGCCUCGCGGAUUACUGCGACAUCAUGAGAUGCGACGUGCUUGGAAAUCGUGAUUUCGAAAAUUCCCUGGUGGACGACGAGGCUGGCCACCAUAGCACGGAUAUACAAGUUUGGAAAGAGAACACGGAGCAACGUCACACAUCUGUGAUGCCUUGUGAGUCGCGAGGCAGUUUCUCGGGCACGUAUCCGGUCGAGAAAGCCUGCACUAUUCCCGGUGGCGGAGCUGUCACCAACAUUCAGCAAUAUUGUCAUCGAGAAGACAGCGGGGCUUUAGAGAAUCAUCGUUUGCCAGGAACUGCGUACCACGUCGAAAUCGCUGGUCCGGAUAACAGGAGUAACGCCUGCGACAACGGCGAAGAGGACGAAGACGAAGAAGACGAGGACGAUGAAGAGAAUCUCGUGGAAGCGGCGUUACCAGCCGUCGACAAAAAGAGGCGUAAGGGGUUGCAUCUGAGGAAGCUGAAGGCCAACUGCAAGCCGGAGGAGCUGCAGAAGCUGAAGUUGCAAUGCGAAGUACUGAUCCGCGAUUGCAUCGCUGGACUCUUGACGAAUCUUUCGGUACGAGAUUUCCAGGAAAUGGAAGGUGAGUUGAAUCGCGCGAUAUGCUGGUAUCUUAGCUGCGACAGGUAUUGGGAAGAUACAAAAAAGCAACAGAGGCACACACCUUGGUACCUGUUAAGCAUUUUUCUGCUUGUUCUGUCUUUGUCCAUUUACGCGUGCUACUACAUUAUUUGGGUGCUGUUCAAUUCAGCAGAAGAAGACAGGUUGGAUGGAACGGGAAGCUUAGACUACACGGAUGGAGAUCUAACGGCUACGUCCUCGUUACACGAUCAGAGUGGUCCUGGCGACAGUAGAACCAGUGGCAGAAGAAAAGGUGAGCCAGGGGACGAUAAUCUUCCUUCGAACGAAGAAAUGCCCGAUCAUUAUAUAUACGUAACCUAUCCACCCGAGCUAAAGCAGCGAUUACUGGACAGUGAUCUUCCUGGUUGCAGCUGCUACAAUAGAACCACUCGACUAUAAAGUCGAAGAGGUAACAGAAGGGUGGACAAAGAUUCGUUCGGAAGUACGAGAACAGCUCGCUCGGUACCACAAGUCGGUCCCACGGCAAAACACCUUCUUCCUUAUUUUUCCCCCUCUCUUAAUCUUCGUGUUUUGUAUACCAACCGUGAGAAUAAAUUACAAAACGUACACGAGAAAA